AUGUCCACACCUGAGCAACUAUUUCGGUUGGCGGCCUUGCUGUUCCUCUUGAGUCAGCAUUCCGUAGUCCACGGAUUCGGAAUAAACCUGAUGAAGGUUUCGGCCGAGGAUAAAGGACUGGAGGCUUGCAUCCUGGCAUUGCUGCGGAAAUAUUUCGAUUCUGGGGAUGGACUCUCCGGCUCAGUACUCUGCUUCAAUCGCAACUAUCAGUUGCCCAAUGUCGAAGAGCAGUUCCUAAGAGGCAUGAACAAUUACGAGAAGUAUCCUUGGAGCCUUGUGAUAACCAACUCCAGGGAGGGUCCUUCCACAUCGCACUUUCUUAUGAACGAGAAGCCACAGUGCUACUUCCUCAUUGUGGAGAGCCUGGAUGAUGAGGACCUAGAUGAGGUAUUCGAGCACUGGAAAAGCAUGGUCAACUGGAAUCCCCUGGCCCAAUUCGUCGUCUAUUUGGGCAGUUUGGAGGAAACGGACGAGGAGAUGACCGAUCUAAUGGUGGAACUUCUACUUACAUUCAUAAACAAGAAGAUCUUCAACGUGAAUGUUAUAGGGCAGAGCGAGGAAAACCAAUUUUACUACGGCAAAACUGUAUUUCCCUACCAUCCGGACAAUAAUUGUGGCAAUCGCGUGAUAUCUGUGGAAUUACUGGAUGCCUGCGAUUAUCCGAGUGAUGAAACGGAGAGCGAGGACGAAAGUGAUGAAGAGGAGGGAGACGGAGACCAGGAGGAGCAAGAUGGAGACCAGGAGGAGGGAGAUGGAGACCAGGAGAAUGACGAGGAAAAUGACUUUCAAAUUGGGGAAAGAGGUGAAAAUUCAGAAACCCCUUCUAGUCAAGAAGUUAAUGAUGAUACUAAUAACGAGGACAACACUGAUGAGUUCCCUGAAAAUCCAACAGAUGAUGAUGAACUAGAGAACGAUUUGAGUUCCAAUUCCUCAGAGCCGGUAGCCACAAUUGAGGAAUUCUUUCGGGCAAAGUUCGAGGAUAAAUUCCCCCGCGAUCUCAGUGGAUGUCCACUCACCGCAUCGUUUCGCCCAUGGGAACCAUAUAUCUUUCGCAACAGCGAGGAGCAACCCGUGGAGGACUACUACUACGGCUUCCAAGGGGAUGGAGAUGACUACAACGACACAUCCCCCAGUUAUGGCGAAGCGGACGACGAGAGCUAUGCCGAUGCAGAGGAGGACGGUGAUGGAGCCAUUCCAGACACCGAAACUCAGUCUGGAAAGCUCAAGUUGAGUGGAAUCGAGUACGAAAUGGUGCAGACCAUCGCCGAACGCCUGCACGUUAGCAUCGAAUUGCAGGGCGAAAACAGCAACUUGUACCACCUGUUUCAGCAACUGAUUGACGGUGAAAUAGAGAUGCUAAUCGGUGGCAUAGAUGAGGACCCGAGCAUCAGUCAGUUCGUCUCCAGCUCCAUUCCCUAUCAUCAGGACGAACUCACAUGGUGUGUGGCUAGGGCAAAGCGCCGACAUGGAUUCUUCAAUUUCGUGGCCACUUUCAAUGCGGAUGCUGGAUUCCUGAUCGGACUCUUUGUGGUCACAUGCUCUCUGGUGGUUUGGCUGGCUCAACGCGUCUCCGACUUCAAGCUGCGGAGUUUCAAUGGAUAUUUCCCCAUCUGCUUGAGGAUGUUGGGAAUCUUGCUUAACCAGGCCAUUCCAGCACAGGAUUUUCCAUUUACUUUAAGACAGUUGUUUGCGCUGUCGUUUCUAAUGGGCUUCUUCUUUAGCAAUACAUAUCAGAGCUUUCUGAUCAGCACACUGACAACUCCACGUAGUUCCUAUCAGAUCCACACUCUGCAAGAGAUCUAUAGCAAUAAAAUGAUCGUGAUGGGCACCACCGAGCAUGUCAGACACCUGAACAAGGAUGGGGAGAUCUUCAAGUACAUCCGCGAAAAGUUUCAAAUGUGCUACAAUUUAGUGGAAUGCCUCAAUGAUGCAGCGCAGAACGAAAACAUCGCAGUAGCUGUUUCCAGGCAGCACUCGUUCUACAACCCGCGAAUCCAACGAGAUCGUCUCUACUGCUUCGAUCGACGGGAAUCCAUGUAUGUCUAUUUGGUCACCAUGCUACUGCCGAAGAAGUACCAUCUCCUGCACCAGAUUAACCCGGUGGUUCAGCAUAUCAUCGAAUCGGGUCACAUGCAAAAGUGGGCUCGCGAUCUGGACAUGCGGCGCAUGAUUCACGAGGAGAUAACUAGGGUGCGGGAGGAUCCUUUCAAGGCUCUCACCUUUGAUCAGUUUCGCGGAGCCAUCGCCUUUUCCGGGGCACUUUUGCUGGUUGCCAGCUGCGUCUUUGCCUUCGAGUUGUGCUACUUUAGGUUUGUCUAUCGAUCUAGGAAAAAGGAAAAGAAAUCAAAAAACUUACGAAAAAAAGACCAUAGUAUUAAAAUUUUACGUCAUUAGACAAAGAAUUGCAAUAUAUAUAUAUAUAUAAUAUAUGAUUAAUAAUUACUAAGUUGACCAUUCCAGUUAUGAUAAAAUCUGAAAACCCCAUGUAGCA